AAAAGGAGGGCAGCAUGGAGUUUACGUUACACCAGUUUUGGUGUGACUCGAAUAAUAUGGUACAAUACCUACACUGCUUGAUACUUUUUGUUCUCUUCACUCAUACUUCCGGUCAACAGUUGGUUGUUAUUUGGCUUCCUGAUCUUCUUUGAUUUUUAGUCCGCUUUGAUUGGGAUGCUGUUGGGUCUCUAGAGGUAACAUCUUGGUCUGAUUUGCCUGGUGCGAUAAGUGUACUAGGCCCUUUUCUUGAUGUAACCAGGUUUUCGGUAGGUUUAUCAGAUUUCCAACCCUUUCUAGGCCUGCCUCGGGUCGUCAACAAAAUGUUUUGCAGACCAGUACCAACCUUCACAACCUCGAUUUCCUCUUCUAGCAUGACAUCCUCAGUGACUGUGUCGACCAGCUAUUUUGUUACCUAUGACACUACUUAUGUCAAUGUCGGACUAAACUCAUCGUAAUGUUAUUGUUAGCAUUAUUACGAAAGGCGUACAGAACAAGUGUAUAGUCCUAAUUGAAUGUCUCCACUUGAACCCGCGCAGUCGUGUAUGGAGAGUUAUCGUCUGAAGUUACCACAACCAGUGGUAACCACCAACAGUCUACUGUUAAUGACGUGAUAACACAUGUAACCUUAGGUACUUCUAACUUUUCAGGGGUUUUGCUACUUCGAGGAGAACCCCUGGUUGAAUUAAAGUAUGCAGACGAUAUGGUCAGAUGAAAACGCUUACAAAAUAAAGGGUCAAUCGUUCCGUGAUUGUCAAGUGUGGCAUGUUACUUCAGGAUUGGUUUACACGAACUCCCAGUUUAAGUAUAUAGAGUUAGAAAAUAAAAUGCGUUGACCGCUUCACUUACUUGGAAAGUUACAUCAGUCUGAAUGGUUUGGAAGUUAACAAAACCUCAGUUCAAAUGGAAAAAGCCCUUUUGACGUUCCCCAGCUAACAUCGGUUAUGUUACCGGCAAGAUAUCUGACUACAUAUCAAACGACGGUCAUACCACGCAUUAAACCACUCUGUCUUUUUGCACGGUUGUGAUAUACCUGUUGGUUGUGGAAGACGUGAGGAUGCUACAAGCGUUUUGAUCAUAGAUAUCUUUUUUAUUAUUGUUUGGACGAGACUGGAGCCAUAGAGUGAGCAUUGUUAAGACUAGAUAUAGACUACUGGGCAAGAAAAUGGGGUCAGUCGAUGAAUGGGAAGUUUUUGCCGGUUGAGGUGACUUAGUUGUGUGUCGUGCAUCUUGAGCUACCAUUUAACUCGAUUUGAAGUGUUUUCCUACGUUGAAUAGAAAGGAAAUAGUGACCAAACCAAGUAAUAGUACAAGUUCAUAAAGUCUUUAACUGUUUGCUUGAGCUGCAUAGAUUUCUUGAUUCCUCAAUAUUUUAGGAAUCAGUAGUUGAAGAGUUGAUAAGCGCAUACACAUUCUUUUAUUUUUGUAAUUAUGAACAUUUAGUUAACGUCCAUUUAUAUAUCUUUUAUCGUUUCAUUCACCUGUCUGCUGUAAUAUAAUUUCUUUUCUACCCAGUUUUUGCAUUCUGUUGUAAUAUUUGACAACUUGGAAUAAUGCAUUACUGUCCAGCGUCUUACUAUGAUUUCUCUUUCGGUCUUCAGCUCUAAAGUUCGUAACAAAAAUGCCAUUUUUGACACAUGAUUUGAAAUUUUUUGAAGCGAAGACUUUCACAUCAAUUCUAAUCCCUAAGGAUAAGUAGUGUUAUCCCAACCAGUAGUCACAGUGGUCUUGCUUCGGGUUUUUACAAGAAUAAACUAAUUUGUAUCUGCUGAUGGACACGUGAUCAGACGUUUAAUUUUAAAUAGUCCUAAUUAUCUUUAUCAAUUCCGAUUUGCUGUCUUUCUUGCUUUUAUCGUGAAUUUAUAGGGUGAAGGCUAGUGUCAUUACUUGCAAAUACCAAGGGAGCACAUGAAGGAGGCACAUCAAUGUGUGUUUUUGGUUUAUAUAUGGUUUUCAUUCUAUGUGUCAGCGUGGCGUUUAUCUCAUUUCAAAAUUAAAAUUGAUUGUAUGUAAAGUGCUACUGACAAACAAUGAUAGUGGUAUCAACCCGCGACCAAAUGCUUCCAUUCACUACAAUGACUUAUUAGAAAUCUUAAAUUUGAAUAAUACUAAAGUACCAAUCUUUUAUGGGUCACAGACAGGCACUGCCAGGAAAUUCGCUGUUGAUCUCGGCCAUCAUCUUCAUCUCUGUGGUAUACGAAACCUGGUGAUAGACCUCAAACAGCUGAGUAUGGAUGUAUUAGUAAAUUUAUCUUUUCUGGACAAAUGUGUAGUAGUUUUUGUUCUUGCAACUUAUGGUGAAGGUGAACCAACAGAUAAUAGCCGAAAGUUUAUGGAGAUUUUGGAAAAUUCACAUGAGAGGUUGAAUAACUUGCAUUUCUCGGUUUUUGCACUUGGUAACAGUAUGUAUACAUAUUUUAAUGCUUUUGGAAUAUCAGUCGAUCGUUUAUUAGUUAAACAUGGAGCUAAACGAUUUCAAGCAAUUUCUUUAGGCGAUGAACUAAAUGAGUUAGAAAGUGCUUUUGUAGCUUGGAGAGAUCAACUGACCUCAUCAAUGAUUAACUUUUUUGAUAUGGAUAAUGGCCAAGACUGUUUGAACAAGCAAUAUGAGCGAAUAUACUUUUUAAAGCGUACAACUUGGAAUCUACCGCUUAUUCCCUAUUAUAUUAAAUUAUUCAUAAGCAGGACUUAUGUACAGCAAACGUUACCUUAUGGAACAGAGCACUAUGUCCACGUUCCUGUUGUCGUUAACGAAGAGUUAUAUUGUGGAAGUUCACGUUCUUGUCGACACAUAGAACUGGACCUGUCUGGUACUGAACUAAGCUAUAAAACUGGUGAUCAUGUUGCACUGCUCGCUCCAAAUCCUCCAGAUAUUGUCAAGCGUAUCGGUGAUCUUCUAAAUGUUGAUUUGAAUACAGUUAUCAACUUGGAGGCAGUUGAUUCUCACAGCUUGAUAAGACAUCCUUUUCCGUGUCCAUGUACUUACCGUCAUGCGUUUACUUAUUUCGUGGAUAUUACUGGACCUCCAGGAAAGAAUUUAUUCUCUGCAUGCUUAAAUUCAAUAAUUGAUCCCGAUGAAUUGCAGUUUGUGCGACUUCUUAUUUCAAACAGUGAAGAGGGAAAGAAAUUAUACUCAAAAUGGAUUUUAGAAGAUCAUCGUGGACUAACUGAAGUAUUACAAGAUCUUAAAACAUUUCGACCACCAGCUGAUCUAUUGCUGGAGCUAUUGAAUCCUUUAAAGCCAAGAUUAUAUAGUAUAUCAUCAUCUUCUUUAGUACAUUCGAGACGAAUUCAUAUAACUGCUGCUGUGGUGAAAUAUCAAACGACUUCAGGUCGCCUAUUCAAAGGACUUGCUACAAGUUGGUUAUAUUCCUUGCACGUAGAAAAUUGUCAGCAAACAUAUAUCAAGAUACCGAUUACGAUUCACUCAAGUAAAUUCUAUUUACCGCGAAGUCGUACAAUCCCUAUAAUAAUGGUAGCAGCUGGUACGGGACUUGCUCCGUUCCGUGCAUUCAUACAAGAACGCAUAAAGAUGGCUAAUGAUAAAGGUGGCAGAAAUGGGCAAAUGAUGUUAUUUUUUGGUUGUCGUCAUGAAACUGAAGAUUUCAUUUAUUCAACUGAAUUGAAACAAGCUUGUGCGACUGGCUUACUGGAAAUAUUCUCUGCCUUUUCGAGAGACUCUAACGAUGGUACAAAAGUCUAUGUCCAGCAUAAACUUCUACAGAUGGGUCAUAAGGUGUGGAAACUUUUGGAUGAAUCUCAUGCCUACUUUUAUGUUUGUGGGAACGCCUCUGGUAUGGCUCGUGAUGUUCAUUCAUGUUUAAUUGAAAUAAUAGCAAAGCACUCCCAGCUUACCAAUGCAGCUGCAACCAAUUACGUUAUGGACCUACGAAAACAAGGACGAUAUCGUACAGAUGUGUGGAAAUAAAUGUGAACAAUUUCUCUCGAACAAUUUUUUAAUACUUUAGUGUACAGUUUAACAUAUAUUGUUCUAUCAACAGUCUCCUUUUCUAUUCAUCAAUAAAAAUCUGAUGCUAAUUCGU